AUGGAAGUGAUGGAAUUCGCUGGAAAAGAUCCACUAAGAGCUCCAAUAUCUCUUGCUCUAGAAAUAGAGCUGACAAAGCUCACCAAUGGGAGAAGAGCUUGCCCCAUGGCACAAUCACCACUUGGGAUGAAUGCAAGAAGGCCUUUCUUGCUAAAGUUUUUCUCCACCGGUCGCACAGCCAAGCUUAGAGGAGAGAUAUCCAGCUUCAUCCAGCGAAACAAUGAGACAUUCGCAGAGGCUUGGGAGAGGUAUAGGGAGAUGCUAGACACAGCUAGCAAUGGGAACUUCCUCAACCAGGAUGUAGAUGAUGGCUGGCAACUUGUGGAGAACAUAGCUAACUCAAAUGGAAGCUAUGGAGAAGAGUAUGAUCGCACCAACCGGAGCUCGACCCACCACUCGAUCGAGUCAGACGAAAAGUUGAGAAAAGAUGUUAAGGCAUUGAAUGAGAAGUUGGAUAAGCUGAUCCUAGCUCAGUCCACAAUGAAGAAAGUCAACUUUGUGUCUGCUGAGGAGAUGGAACCAGUCCAAGAAGGGGAGGAUACACAAUUUGCUGAGGUGUGCUACAUGAGCAAUGGGCAAGGAGGUUACAACAAAGGAUACUAUAACUACAAGUCCAACCCUGCCAUGUCAUACCGCAACACUGAUGUUGCUAACCCUCAGGACCAAGUCUAUCCUCAACAACAAGCAGCUCGAUCGAGUCAAGCCACAACAUGGGUAUGGUCAAAAGAACAAUUACCAAGGACCACAAGGCACUUUCCCUGGACAACAAAUGAAUAUCCCACCAGGCUUCCCCCACCAACCGCCCCAGCCUGCACCUUCACAAGAGAAUGA